AUGAUCCAUGGCCAGACUGUUGACCAGCCUCUACCGUCUUUGCUGCUUUCAGAGGGAGACCCUCUGCAUAUAAACUGUACAUUUAAAGUAUCUGGCACUCCUUACCUUUACUGGUACACCCACUAUCACAGCAGAGCACCGGAGAUGCUACUAUAUAAUUUUGGACUAAAAGAAAACCGAGGUUUUACAGCCCAGCAUGACAAAGAAAAAAGUACUUUUCAUCUGACAAAAGCCAAGGCUGAGCUGUCUGACUCUGGCGUGUACUAUUGUGCAGUGAGUGACACAGUGAUCAAGAUCUAUGUAGCACCUGUCUCUAAUCUCUGUGUCACUGGGGCUAAGUUUCUACUACAUCCUAAGGCAUAUAGAAUGUUCACUUAG